AUGGCGUCCGCUUCUACUUCCACUGGUGCUACGAAGCCCAGCAACCCAGUGAUUCGCCGGACUGUCACAUCGACCACCGUGAAUGACUCCGAGUCAUCAGCGGCUGUCAGUCCCUCGGACUCGCCCCGCCAUUCGGCCUCUUCGACAUCUCUCUCCUCCAUGUCCUCCGUGGACAUGGGUGCGGCCAAGACUGAUGAAUAUGCCAACCUCGUGGAUCUGAACGGCAACUCAUUCACGCCUCCCGACUAUACCAUCAAGGACAUUCGCGAUGCUAUCCCCAAGCAUUGCUUCGAGCGUUCUGCUAUUCGCGGGUGGUCAUACAUUCUUCGCGACAUGGCCUGCUUGGCGACGACAUUUUACCUUUUCAACACCUUCAACAUCCCCGAGUACGUCCCCAAUGUUGCCGCUCGCGCUCUCCUCUGGGCCCUGUACACCAUCCCUCAGGGUCUGUUUGGCACUGGCCUGUGGGUUAUUGCUCACGAAUGUGGCCAUGGAGCGUUCUCCGCCUCCAGGAAGAUCAACGAUGCCACUGGCUGGCUGCUGCACUCCGCUCUGUUUGUGCCCUACUUCAGUUGGCAGAUCUCGCACAGCAAGCAUCACAAGGCCACUGGUCACAUGGAGCGUGACAUGGUCUUCGUCCCACGCACGCGUGAGCAAUACGCCAACAAAGUUGGCCACCUUAUUCACGAGCUGUCGGAGCUUACCGAGGAGACGCCCAUUUACACCCUGUCCAUGCUCAUUGGCCAGCAGCUGAUCGGCUGGCCUCACUACCUCAUCACCAACGUCACGGGCCACAACUUUCACGAGCGCCAGCGUGAGGGUCGCGGCAAGGGCAAGAAGAACGGAGUGGGCGGAGGCGUCAACCACUUCAACCCGAGCAGCCCUCUCUACGAGCAGAAGGAUGCCAAGCUCAUUGUUCUUUCGGAUAUUGGCAUCGCCUUGAACGCCGCUGUCCAGAUCUACCUCGGCAACACUUUCGGCUGGGCCAACAUGGCUGUGUGGUUCUGGGUACCUUGGCUCUGGGUCAACCACUGGUUGGUUGCCAUCACUUUCCUUCAGCACACCGACGCCACCCUUCCCCAUUACACUGCCGAUGAGUGGAAUUACGUCCGUGGGGCUGCUGCCACCAUCGACCGAGACAUGGGCUUUGUUGGACGCCAUCUUCUCCACGGCAUCGCCGAGACACACGUUCUGCACCACUACAUUAGCAGCAUCCCAUUCUACAACGCAGAUGAGGCAUCCGACGCCAUCAGGCCGGUCAUGGGCAAGCACUACCGCGCUGAUACCGAGGGUGCACUAGUAGGUUUCAUCAAGGCCAUGUACAAGAGCGCCCGUACCUGUCAGUGGGUUGAGCCCAGCGCAGAUGCUCAGGGCGCCGGCAAGGGUAUCCUGUUUUUCCGCAACCGCAACGGUCAGGGAACUCCUCCCAGCAAAAUGCAGGCGCAGUAA